GUGAAGGGCGCUAGUUUGCGGAUGUUAGUCGAAGGGCGUCAGAUCCGGUCUACUUAAAUCCAUCGAUUGCCGCGCAGCAAAAUACGCCUCAUUUUUGUUUAGUUUCCCUUGUUCUCUCUGCCCUUGAUUUGUAUCCAGUUCUUCCCACCAUAUUCUAAAAAGGGACCUCCGCUACUACAUUCACUCCCUACCCCACCGGCCAAACCCCAGUGGGCCUCGAGCUCAAAAUGAUCCACUUCCGCCUCGCAACCGCGGCCGACGCCCCGCGCCUGCGCGACCUAAUCGAAACCGCCUUCCGCGCCGCCGACACCCGCGCCGACUGGACCGGCGACCUAGCCCUGGGGGCGCGCUUCCACGUGCAGCUGGACGACAUGCUCGCGCGGAUCGCCAACCCCGACGGCGCCUUCCUCGUUGCCACCACCACCACCACCACCAACGACUCUCAGGACAGCUCGGAAGAAGAACAGAGCGAGGAGGUAAUCGCCUGUGUCAACAUCUUCAAAAAGCCCCAAGCCGACCGGGACGCCAUCGCCCGACUGGCGCUUUUGGCCGUCGAUCAGCGUCAUCAGCAGGGCGGGCUCGGGCGGCGGGUCGUGGCGCAUGCGGAGAAACGGUGCCAGGAGAUGUGGGGGGUCCGGCGGACGGGGCUGAAUGCGCUGGAUACUCGCGUUGCGUUGAUUAGGUGGUAUGAGCGCUGUGGGUAUGUGCGGACGGGCGAGGUGUCGGUCAUUCCGUUACCGCCGGAUGAGUUGAGGCUUGUGGAGUUUGAGAAGGAUUUGGGUUAGGGGUGGAGUUGGAGUGAAGUGUAUGAAUGGUGGAUUCGACUACGGGAGGCUAUCCGAGCGAAAGUUCCACCAUAGGUCGCGGCGCCCGGUGGGUUCGAGGCGCUUAUCUGCUGGUACUCCGGGCAACCUCGGAGAGGGUAUUGAUCGGUUGGAGGAAAAAGGGUGGUGGUUGAUUAAACCUUGGCAUUAUGAAAUGGGUCCAUGCAGAACGGACAGUACAUUGAAUGUGGUUAAUAUUUCAAGGUUGAGAUGGACAUUUGGAAGCUUCCCAGGAUACUUGCUCACGGACGUUCUGUUGUCGGGGACUUUGUGACACUAUAUAGAAAUGGUCAAUGACUGUGAUAUACUUAAGACUACAA